AUGCUAGGCGUGCUCCUCCAACUGAAGCAAGGAACCAAAAAUGCAUCUCUAUUUGAUACAGACUACCUGACUAUUGUGAUGCUUAUUGUUGCCUUAAUCCUUUACGGCGGAUCAUUGAUUGGCAGCAUAUACAUACUCCAAGCUCACCUUAAUCCAAAUUUGGCAAACUUUAUGAGCAAGAUUAGCCUCCUUUUUGGAGCUCUUGCCUUGGUUUUGGAAUUGGUGAUCCUUGUUCCGCAUUUGGGGUUGGCUGCCCUCCUCUUCUGGAUUAUCUUGUCUAUGUUUUCUGUAAGGUCUCCAUAUGCACGAGCACGACCAAGACUUGAGCUCAGCGGCUUGUUAUUUUGA